AUGAGUGACGAGGUCGAGUUCAACAAUACAGGCGAUGGGCCCUUGAUGGUGCCAGGAUUCAAUGGAGUUCCCUUUGAUGUCAUAGCAUUAUCAGAAAGAAUGUUUGUAGGCUCUGAUUGCUGGUAUCCGUCGCCUUUCACCGCCCGCGAACUGGAAAUGCUGAGGCUGAUCAACUCCUUGACUGAUCGACCGGGCUGGGAUGAGCUGGUCUUUGAUGCUUCGACCAUGCAGACUUGGCGAAGCGAGGCCAUGGCGCAAUUUCCAUUGAUCAGCCCCAAGGCAUGGGAAUGUGGCGUGUGUAAAUCAGACACCAUCAUUCCUCCUGCAGUGAGCGCGGAGAUCCAGGUGUUCGUGGCUUCUGCAUUAAACGAGUCUGCCGGGCAGAAGGACUGGGAGCCGAGUUCAAACCCGCAGGCAAGGAGAGGUAGCACCGCCUCUCCAGAUGCGAAAAGGGAAUGGGAAAGAGGAAAAUACCUCUACUCACUCCGCUAUCAAUGGCUGCCUUGCGAGGUUGAAUUCUGUGGGCCGGCUGGAUCAACAGACAUGCGGAUUACUUCCUACAUCAACAAUCUUCAUCCCCAUGAGCAGCGUCCUUUCUACAGGACGCUGGAAAAUGUGAUGGCCAAAGCCAUUAAGCCAUGGAAUGAGGUUCUGGUUAGACUUUCAUUAGAGUGGCCCGAUGGGGUCCUGCCUAACAAAGCCGGUCAGGAACCCAUGCGUAUCCGCACAUUCGGGGUCGAGUGGGAUAACCGUUAUCCUCAAUGGGCUGAGGAUCUUCCGACCAUGCUGGACGUCAAUAGGUCAACUGAAGAUUACCAGCGGGCGCUCACUCGCGUCAAGGAGUACCUCUCUUUACCAGAUCACAUAUUUCAGUUCCAGCACUCCGAGCCUGGCACCACCUAUUCCUACGAAGACUGGAAGGCAGGACGAACGGCCCAAGCAAUCAUCAGUCGUGAGGAUCGCAACAAUGUUGAUCAAUCCAUGAAACUCUGGUGGAACCGCCGCGGAAUCAUGGAUCCCAUGCUCUAUAAUGAGAUGCUCAGAGCAAGAGACGAGGUCGAUCAUCAGUUCCAGACUGUGAAACUCCAGCACAAGUUUCGCGAAAAGGGGCUGCAGAUUAUUGUUAAGCUGUGGGGCAUCAAGCUCACUCCCAAUAAUCCAUCCUUCUUGGGCGAGGACUGGCACGCAGACGGUCUGCUGAACGAGUAUAUCGCGGGGGUAGCCAUCUAUUGCUUCGAUCUUGAGAACGUGACAAAUAUCCACAUCUCGACGAUGAACCGGGUGUCCAAGAACUUGGGUCAGUGUCUCUAUGUCAAGGUGGCUCGAUCUGGACACUGCCGCUUUUUGACCUUGUGGCUCGUUGAUCCUUACUACCGCAUCUGUUCGACGCGAAAUGUGCCCCCGCAGCGUCUUGAUUGGUGGGAACAGGAAGCACGAUCCCAUCUAUCGUCAGCCCAUCCACUUCCUCAAGAACUGGCGGAUCAGAUCAUUGCGGAGACUGGCCCGUGGCUUAUGAGCUUACCAGAGGCCCAGCAACACCAGCGUGAACGAGCCAAGGACGAGGCGGUGGCUCAUGAGGCGCAAAGGAAGGAGAUCGAACAUGACACUAUCCGCACCCAGGACAAUCGAGGAACGUCACUUCCCAAACCUCAACGCCCUGGAAGACUAUCACCUACGCCACUGCCGCGCCGGAACAGCGCUCCCUCGGCGGCGCAGACGGAAAGUGAACGCGAACGGGGACUUUCUGCUCCGCUUUUAGCAAUACGCAGCCGGACCUCGUCGAGCGCACCGGACACGUACACUGAGUCCACGAGAGCAGGGUGUUCCGCGCAAGCUGCCGCGCAGUUACAUACCUUAGUAGACCGGUAUACCAACCUCAAGCUGAAGACAAUGUCCGCGGAAAUCUUACACCUUCCUGUCAGCCCUCAGAGGUCGGAUGGAAGGUUGCGCUGUCCAGCGGGAGCGGAUCGUCUGUAUUCAGCAGCAGUUGCGCUUACGGAGACAGUUAUGUGCUUUGAGGUUGUUGCAGCGGUUGAUGCGAUUUGA